AUGCGCUUCACCGGUUUUACCCUCGCUGCCGGCCUUGCGGCCACGGCGUAUGGCCAGAAGGUCAAAGUCAUGCUGCUCGGUGACUCCAUCACGGAGAUCACCUGCUGGCGGCCGAUGGUGUGGGACCAGCUCACGGCGGCCGGGCUGGCGGGCAACGUCGACUUCGUCGGCAGCAUGAACUCGAUCCAGGGGUCGUGCCAGAAGCCGUCCGGAUUCGACGCCAACCACGAAGGCCACUCGGGGUGGCAGGCGUACGACAUUGCGCGCAACAACAUCGUCGGCUGGGUGCAGAACACCAAGCCCGACAUUGUGCAGUUCAUGCUCGGCACCAACGACGUCAACAUCGGCAAGCGCAACGCCCAGUCCAUCAUCGACUCGUACACCACCAUGCUGAACGCCAUGCGCGCCGCCAACCCCAACGUCAAAGUCAUUAUUGACAAACUCAUCCCCACCUCCUGGAGCGACGCGACCGUCGAAGCGGUCAACACCGCGAUCCCCGGCUGGGUGUCCUCGCACACCACCACGCAAUCCCCCAUCGUGAUCGCCGACUGCUCGCGGGCAGCGGGCUUCACCAACAACAUGCUGCGGGGCGACGGCGUGCACCCCAACGACCAGGGCGACAAGUUCAUCGCGCAGGCGGUCGGGCCGAAGCUGAUUGCCUUCUUGAGCGGGUCCUCCUCCGGCGGCGGCGGUGGCGCCCCCGCGACGACCAGCGCGGGCGGGUCGCAGCCCACAAACGGUGCCAACUGCGCGGCGCUGUGGGGCCAGUGCGGCGGGUUGGGCUGGACGGGCGCCAAGUGCUGCUCGCAGGGCGCGUGUCGCGUGUCGAAUGACUACUACUCGCAGUGUCAUGUCUCAUAA